AAGGCCGACAAAAAGACGUAGGAUUGGAAAGGCAAUAGAACAUGUGGGGUGGCCGUGCUCUGCAAAACCAAAUAUGAGAAGACCCUGACUCAUUGAUUUCUCCUGUGUGCUCUAUUCUCCAUUUUAGCAUCAACCACCAUUACCCUUUCAACAAAGUUUCUUCCUUUUCUUCAAUCAUAGCAAUUUCAACCAAACCCAACAUUCAAUCAAUCCUCUUCCAAUUGAAAAAACCACGAACAAAGCUUCGAUUUUGAAUGAUGGAUGGCCACCCCAGAAGCAAGUUCAAGAGGCUCUGUGUCUUCUGUGGAAGCAACUCUGGCAACCGAGAUGUCUUCAGUGAUGCUGCUAUUCAAUUGGGCAAUGAACUGGUUAAGAGGAAUAUAGACUUGGUGUAUGGUGGGGGAAGUGUUGGUCUUAUGGGCUUAAUAUCCCAAAGAGUGUAUGAUGGAGGCUGCCAUGUCCUAGGGAUCAUUCCAAAAGCUCUCAUGCCUCUGGAGAUAUCUGGUGAAACAGUUGGUGAGGUGAGAAUCGUUUCAGAUAUGCAUGAGCGUAAAGCUGCAAUGGCUCAAGAAGCUGAUGCCUUUGUUGCUCUCCCUGGAGGAUAUGGAACCAUGGAAGAGCUAUUGGAGAUGAUAACUUGGGCGCAACUUGGAAUUCAUAAGAAACCGGUUGGUCUAUUGAAUGUUGAUGGUUACUAUAACUCUUUACUUGCAUUGUUUGACAAUGGUGUUCAAGAAGGAUUCAUUAAGCCUGGUGCACGGAAUAUAGUUGUAUCUGCUCCUUCUGCCAAAGAACUUAUGAUGAAGAUGGAGCAUUACACUCCUUCGCAUGAAAAUGUUGCCCCUAGUGAGAGCUGGCAGAUGAAGCAAUUAGGUGAUUAUGCAGGACAAGAAAAUGCAGAGUGAAGUGAAGCUUAUAUUGAUGGAAAAUUUUUUUCUUCUUUUUUUCUGAUGUGAUUCUUCAUCAAUUUGAGAUGUAUACAACAAGAGCCAGCAUAGAUGGGGCCAUAUGUUGUUUGCUACCGUGUACUGCGUUGGUUUUAUGACUAUAAUAUGUGCUUUGCUGCUUUGCAUUUAAUGGUCAAUUGAACCACUGUGAGAUAGUCA